AUGAGUGCUUCUAAAGGACCAGAGGAUGUCAAGGUUGUAGUGGUGGGUUCAGGAUUUGCAGGUGUCGCUGCUGCAGCCACGCUGGUCAAAGGAGGAUUUCAAAAUGUUCUGGUCCUCGAGGCGAAAGAUAGAGUUGGAGGUCGGGUGCACACCACCAAACCGUUCACCGAUAAGGUCCUUGAAGUUGGGGCGAACUGGAUUCACGGACAGAAAGGAAACCCUCUUUUCCAGCUCGCAAAACAACACAACCUGCUGUCAGGGGAACCGUCGACAAGCAAAAGUAUGUGCUCACCGCAUUCUGUAACAUCUAAAGAUUUCUUUUUUAGAGAAGAUGGGACGCAGGUCUCAAAAACGGUUGUAGAACAGGUUUGUUCGUGCUUCAGCGAGCUCACAGACAAAGCAUUUGAUGAUGAACUUGAUCGCAGGCACAGAAAGAUGACUCUGGGUGGAUAUCUGGAUGACGCCUUUGAAGAAUCUACAGUAAAUGGCCAAAUGGUCUUUGAGUGGUGCAAGAGGAUUGAAUGCACAGAUGAAGCUUGUUCUUCUCUCUACGAGGUGUCUGCAGCUCAGAUUAGUAAUUACACAGAACACGAGGGAGGUUUCUUCAACACUUUAGGAUUGGGUGGCUAUCGAGCAGUUUUAGAUGUUCUCCUGAAAGAUCUACCCACGGGUACUAUCCAAUGUAAUGCAGAGGUAAAGACCAUCCAGUGGGAUCUGAUCAAGGAAGGAGAGAGUGAGGAACAUCCUGUUCGGAUCACUUGUGAAAAUGGGCAGUCUUAUGAUGCAGACCAUGUGAUUGUCACUGCAUCUUUGGGGGUUCUCAAAGACAAAGCAGAUACAAUGUUUGAGCCGUCCCUACCAGAAUCCAAGCUGAACGCCAUUCAGAAUCUAGGAUUUGGAACAGUGGACAAAAUUUUCCUGUAUUUUGCGGAGAAGUUUUGGCCGGAUGACUGUUCUACUAUUCAAAUGGUGUGGGAAGAAGGGCCAGAAGAUGCAGAUGUUUACAAAGCUUCGUCUGAAGGAGAUGACUGGAAGGAGACGUGGUACAAGAAGAUCACCGGUUUUGAUACGGUGGCACGUCACCCCACUGCUCUGUCUGGCUGGAUCACAGGAAGAGAAGCACUACAUAUGGAGACGCUCGAGGACAGUGAAAUCGGAGAAACAUGUGUGAGGUUACUGAGGACUUUCACUGGCUGGUCGGUGCCAGAAGCCUCAAAGAUGCUCAUCUCCAGAUGGGGUCAUGAUUCCCACGUGCGUGGCUCCUAUACAUUUGUUCCUCAUCGUGUCGAUGGAGUAGAGGAACACAAGGCAUUAGCAUCUCCUCUUCCCCCCAAAGGGAGUGAGCCCCUCCAGGUGUUGUUUGCUGGUGAAGCUACACAUGUGAACUUCUACACCACGACCCAUGGAGCUUACAUGACAGGUGUCAGAGAGGCACAGAGACUCAUCAGUUAUUACUCUGAUUAA